AUUGCUGCCACCCUGCUGCAACACAGUGGGCGUGGCUACCUGACCCUAUUAUGGACGAUGGUGGAGAACAUUACAAGCCAUUUGAAACUGUGUAUGGAACAGAGACCACAGAGAAAGACCGGCCUUCAUCUCAGAACCAAACACUGGCUGCUGUAGCUGAAGAACAGCAGGGUUGCAAGAAUAAUGUCUUGACUGCUCAAAACGUGCGACUGAUCAUCAACUGUCGUGAAUGUGAAAAGCCAAGAUGUAUAUACUCCAAGCUGAGACUGACUCCAAGAGAUAGCAGGUCCCUUAAACAUACUCUUGAAAAGUAUGACUACACCUGUGGCUCAGUUGUAACUGCUGAUGGUGAUGCUAUGCAGGGCAAAGUCUUUGUACGACUCCAGAUGUCAUGCUCAACUCCCAUCGAGUUCCCAUAAUAUUCCUCCAAUAUUGGAAGACAUGACUUAUGCUGCCACUGUGG